UGGACUAUUCUCACUUCGAAUUUGAAAUCGGAGCAAAAACGUUCGGUCUGCGCGUAAGGGAGUGAAAUAAACGUUAGUAAAACUAUUCGAUUUCGUAGUGAAUCCAAUUGGCAACCAAUCAAACUCAAAGUGCAAUACGGAAACUGGCCUGUGCAACCCGAUUAAACCUAAUAUUUAGCCCAAAUUCCAUUCAGUAAGGCAAAGUUCUGGACCCAACUACCCCGGAAUUGUUAAAUAUUUAUACACACCACCAACGGAACGCACGCACUUACAUAUUUAACAUUGCGAGUGGCGCCAACAUAUAUAAAUCAGCGAUAAGAAAACAACCGAAUAGAAAAGGAAAGCAGAAAAAACAGGGGAGCCGAUACACAGACACAAUUAUUGCUGGAGUCGGUUGGAGUGACUCAACUCCCACAACAAUUGCCACUGAUGAGGUGAACGAACUGGACAGCUCUCCACAGCAUCCAAUUACUGCCCCUCCAUCUCGGGCAAUUAACAGAAUCCCUAAUUGAAGGGCGAGAAGGAGGAGGGAGCUUCUUCACUAAAGAUGCCAUCGUUGCGCCAGAAGGUCACCACUUACUUCCGCCAGUUGAGCUUCAUCGCAGAGCCUCGCGAGGGUCGCCGGCGGGCCAGUGAGCACGAGGAUGACGAUGGCAGCUUCAUAACAAAGUAUCUGGAGGGGCGCAUGCAGCGACAGUUUGUGGAUGGUCCGGAGAUCUACAAUGGCCAGAAUCCCACAGACAUGCCCGUCCUCAAGCUGGACUCCUACGAGGCUGGCACCUGCUCCAUAACAGCCGCCUGCACAGGACCGGACGAAGGACUCACCGGCAUUAAGCGCUCCAAACUCCACCUGAGCACUAGCUUUGCGGACGACAUUGACUUCAUAGACACGCAGCAGGAGAACGAUGAUUGCUAUGGUGUGAGGAAGAGUACACCUCCGGUUCAGGCGACCACUCAGAACUCCACCCGACUGGCCAGCAAAUUCGGACGCCCGCCAACCGGAUCUCGGAGACAGAGCAGUGUGGACCAACCAUCCGGAUCGGCUACUGUCUCGGGAAUGCGAUCCCGCAAGAAUUCCAAGAGCAGUAUAGCCAAUCUGGCAGCGGCUUCUAGUGGCAGCGGCGAUGCUGGCAAAGCCAGCGGUGAUCAGAACAACAGGAACCUGUUGAAUGCAAAGACUGAGGCCUCGGCGGACGGGGAUUGCAACUCGGAGCGGGAGCGUCUGCUCCGCGAGGCGGUGAGCAACCAGGGUGGCUCUGCUCCGUCUGCUGCGAUCGCCGGCGUGGAGAACUGGCGCAUGGAGUGCGAUUUCGCGUAUGGAAUCUCAGUGUCUCUGUACGAGACCAACAUGCUGACUAAGGAGCCCAUGGGCAAUCCAAUUGCCGACUGCUACGGCAUGGUGGUGCGUGGGGACUCAGCAGCCAUGGCCAUGGCAGACGGCGUCAAUUGGGGCGAUGGCGCCCGUCUGGCUGCCCGCUCCGCUGUACACGGCUGUCUGGACUAUCUGGAUAGGGCUGUAUUUGGACAGGCGCUGGAGUGCCGGGCUACUACCACCCAGGAGGUCUUCGUCAGCCUGCUACGCAGUCUCUGGGAGGGACACGGCUGCAUCCUGGAAGUUGGAGGAGCCCUGUCCACGCUGACCAUUGCGGUGGUGCUGCCGCUGGACGGAGCACCAGGAAAGUAUGUGGUCUGCUCGUGCAAUGUGGGCGAUUCCCUGGGAUAUGUGUACUCCAAGAAGCACGGCGUACGCGAACUGACGCAGGCAUCCCACGACAUCAGUUCCAUGCGGGACAUGCGCGACGCCCUGGGCGCCCUUGGACCGGCCGAUGGUAACAAGCCGGAGCUAAGCAAUCUGACCUUCUCGAUGAGUUGCAUCGAACGCGGCGAUAUAGUUUUCCUUACCUCGGAUGGUAUUAGCGAUAACUUUGAUCCCGUGGUGGGCAAAUUUGCCGAGGCCUGGACGCCGGAUGUUAAGAUGCAGUCGGCGACGGGGCAUGGUAAACCGGCGAUUCUGGCUCCCAAACGUCAGAACAAGAGUGCAUCUGCGAUCUAUGCCCGCCUGCAUCCCUCGACGCCGCCCACGCGACCCGCUCGGCAGUCCAAGGCGGGCAGUCCGCCUAGCAAUGCGCCCAGUCGCCCGAAGUAUAUGCGUUCCCAAACGCUCAUCGAACCACGACAGGGACUGGUAUCGUCGCCGCCACCUUCUGUGGCCCUUCAGCGCAUUCCAAAGUCCAUUUCUGGCUUGCCCCUGGUGACCGGUCCGCAGAGGCAUGCUCUCACCCUGUACCGCUUGGAGGAUCUGCUCAGCUACGGCAUAAACGGCACCUUCUCGCCCUGCGUUUCGGCCCGGAGACUUUGCCACUUGCUCAUCGAUUUCGUCAGGAUGAUAACAUCGGCGAGAAGAAAGACCCUGGAGCAGCGUGAGCUGUUCUACAAACUUUCAACGGGACCAGAUGGCGCCAAGCGGGAGGUGCAGCUGAAUCGCAUGCAGCAUAGAGCGGCCAGGAAACGAGUGGUGGACAGCAGCGCUUUUGUGGCUCUGCCCGGGAAACUGGAUCAUGCCACUGUGAUGGCCUACACAGUGGGCGGUGGAGAGGAUCACGACAAUGGCAAUGUCAACGGCGAUGGUGCAGCCAUUUCCCCCCUACUGCAAUCCAAGGAGUUUAAGGAGACGAAUUUCUAAAACAUAGAAAACGCUAGACUGCAGAAUAAGCUUUUUAUACAUUUUUCUCACCCGCGUAUGGGUAGUUCUGACUUAUGUUAAAUCAAUUAUCUUCGGGGUCUGUAAUAAAUUCCAAGUGUAUAUUUCUUGCUCAUUGAUGCAGGUUUUAUUAUUUAGUUACUAACGCAGAAACUGCCAAUUAUUGAUAAAUGGUUAAUUUGUUACUUCAAAGUCAAAAGAUCCAUGAAAAACAUACAUACAAAACAUAUUGUUAGAUUUUCGCCAAAUACAUUAUUUAGUUUGCCAAUCAACAAAAAAACAUGUAUACACAAUAAUUUGUAUCUAAUUGUUUUAUUUAGAAAAGGGUUUAUUAACUGUAUUUUUGGGAUAUAUUUAUAAAUGUGAUUUUAAGACCCUGAAGAAAAUUGUUUAUAUAUUUAACAAUGAAGUACCCAUAUAUAUAAAUAUUUACAUAAACACUUACAUACAUAUGUAGUGAUAUAUCUCACAUUUGUCUUUAAUAUUCAUAGAGCUUUCGCUUAAGUUUGUUGAUUUGAAUUCGGUACUCUCACGUGUCAGCCAUAGAUUUUUAGCCAUUUAUUUGUAAAUUGCAACCGACAGAAAUGCCUCAAAUGUUUUAAACUACCAAAAAGAACAAGAAUACACAAAAUGUACAUCGUAUUUUUACACUCUCAUCCGUAACUCAAUGUAAAUGCCACUUUUACACCAGCUGCAACUAUGUGAAUUGGCACAAUUUUAAAUUAUAUAUGGUGACAGCGUUUAAAAUUGGUAACGCACAGCUUAAGUUGUCCCAUGGACUGUUCCAAUUGGGCCCGAGCAUUCAAUAAUUGAAUAAACGC